CUCUCCAGCAAGCAAAACAUAUAUUAAACAUGGUUCCCGUUGUUUCUUAUCUCUUCCCGGGUCCCAAUUUCGCAACAUCACGAUCAGAAAGUCUUCCCCACUUCGUCUUCAUCUGUUCUUGCCUCUCAGAAAAAUCAAAUGCAAGUCUUCCUUGCAUCCCUCUCCACUCCCCCCCGCACCAAGCACCGUAAAAAACCACAGCUGAGCAAAAGAAUUGCAAAGAACACAGAGGGGAAGGAGCAUGGGUCAGUCCACAAGCACAAGAAGAGGAAGACACCACCGCCAUCGUUCUUUCAACCCCUCUUCCAUCCGUCCUCCACCCAACUUGGGCCUCUUUAAUCCUCCUCCACCAGCACCUCCUCCCCAACCCAGUUAUCUUGUUUCUUUUCAAUCCACUCCUCACCACGCUCAUCAUCCUUCCCCAAGACCCCCUCCUCAUCCGUCUUCUUCUUCUCAUUAUGCUGCUGAUCGAGGAAGUGAGUGGCCGUCUUCCUCUUCCUCUUCCUUCUCGUCUUCUUCUGUGAAUGAGACGAUGGUUGCUUCGAGGCAGCCGGCUUCGUAUGUCGAGCAUCAGAAGGCGACGACCGUCAAGAACUAUGUGAAUUUGCAUAAGAACUCGAUCCGGCUGGAGCCUGACAAGCUCAAUCCUGAUCACCAUCUGGUUUCAUUCACUUUUGACUCUUUAGUUGAUGGGAGUUUUACUAUCCUUUACUUUGCAAAGGAAGGGCUAAAUGGUAGUUUCUCCCUUUUUUAUCCUGACUUGUGCAUGGAUGUAUGCAUACCUUUUCAAAAAGGAGGGAGUCAGAAAUUUCACCAGCCUUCAGGAACCGGUAUCGAUCUGGGUUUCUUUGAGUUAGAUGAACUUUCAAAGCCAUUAGAUGGAUGUUUCUUCCCACUGGUUGUCUAUGCUGAACCUUUCCCACUGCAUCUUCCCAAAAAUGAACUUGCAUGUCGGUCUACAGCUGCUGCCCAUGCUCAGAUUACUGAAGCAGUCAUAGAGAAGAAUAAUGAUGGAUCCUUCCAAGUAAAAGUUCUAAAACAAAUAUUGUGGGUCGACGGUAAACACUACGAACUGAAAGAAAUUUUUGAUGUUGGGAUUUCAGCAGAAGCAGGAUUUGAUGGUGAUGAUUCUGAAAAGGAAUGUGUUAUUUGUAUGUCUGAAUCAAGGGAUACUGCUGUUCUUCCUUGUCUGCACAUGUGUAUGUGUGGUGAAUGUGCAAAAGUGUUAAGGCUUCACUCAAAUAAAUGCCCUAUAUGUCGCCAACCUAUGGAAACAAUAAUGGAGAUACCAAAAAAAAGACAAGGAGGAAGAAAUGCAGAAUGUUCUGAAGCAUAAAUGGUUGCGUUAACCUAUCGAUUUUUUGAGCAGCUAACGUCGUAGCUCCUGCAGUUUCCAUGUUCCUCUUAGCACGUCCUGGAACUGUACGUACAUUGUCAUAUUGGCCUGGUGUCUCUAAUCUCUACAUGUUUACAUUCGCAUUUGUAUGAGCACGUUAUGUAAAAAUGUCCAUAUUUUACUUUUUUAUUCUAUAUUUAUAGUUCCAUUGUAUUUCAGGAUUUUGAGUUUCAGUUAGAAGAGUUUAUAUAUGCAACUUAUGAACAGAAAUAUUUUUGUAUGAAUCUGUAUAGUAUUUGCAUGCGUUCAGAUUUUCAUGUGAAUAUAUUUCAAAUAAUUUUAAA